GGGUUUCCAGUCUCUUCAAAUCCCACGGGUCAGACAGAGGUUUCUGGCCCUUCUGCACUGUCAGGCUGUCUUAGGUCUGACAUUACGAUGAAUUGUAAGAGUCAGGGUUUUGCUCCUUAAAUGGAUUUGUUUCUCAGGUCUAUGUCUCAGUUCCACCGAAACAAAAGAAGGCCCUGAACCGAGGAAGUAGGGGGCGCUCUGAACCGAGUCUUACCUGAAGGAGAGCACCCCACUGACCUUAGGGCUCUCUCCAGAGCUUCAGAGCAGAGGCAGAAGAGCCCCAAAAGGAGGAGGCCCUAGAUUUGGAAGGUCAGAAGCAGCUCUUGAUUCCUCUGUCCAGAACGAGCUAGUCUUGGUGUUGAUGCCACCUCCAGAAAUGGGGGGUAACCUGGGGUGACCCAGGGCAGGCAGUUUAGGAAGGGCCAUUUCAUAGGAGAGCCUGUGAGAGUGAGUUCUGAGGGUAAGGGGUAACCAGGCAGAGGGAGGAAAUUCUCCACUUUUCCUAAAUUCUCCACUCUUUACAGAUGCUGCGCUUCUGUCACCCAUGUCCAUCACAUGUGACGUCCUGACCUCACAGGAUCCCAGAAUGAUGGUACAUGAAGGAUUUUCCAAGAUCAUCAAUUUCUGCGUCUUUUGAAAGUUCAGUGACUUGUUCAGGGAAACUCAGUUUGUGACGGGGCAGGUGAAAAACAUUGUUCUCUCUUCUACAACUGAACCUCAGUUCUCUACACUCUCCCAAGAGCCACAGAAAAUGAACAUACCUCAGGCCUCAGUGUCAUUCAAGGACGUGACUGUGGAGUUCACGCAAGCGGAGUGGCAACAGAUGGACUCUGCUCAGAGGACCCUGUACAAAGAGGUGAUGCUGGAGAACUACAGGCUCCUCGUCUCACUGGGAUACUGCUUCACCAAACCAGAACUGAUCUUCAUGUUGGAACAAGGAGAGGACCCAUGGUUAUUAGAGAAGGAAUUUCUAAGCAGAAGCUCCCCCGAAAAAUCUGAACUUGAUGAACUCUCAGAGAAGAGCCCAGAAAGCCAAGGCAAAGAGUUGUGGCAAGUUUUAUUUACCAACAAAUCAUUGACUACAGAGCAAGAUAUUUCAGGAAAGCCAUGUAAUCUGGAUAUAAACAUUUUUCCUGCAAGAAUGAUGCCCUGUAAAUCUGACACUACAGGGCCUGCUUACUUGCAUCUCAGCUCAUUGGCCCUACAUUGUCAGUAUUCAAGAAGGAAGGCUCCUGAGAUUAAUGUAUGUGAGAAAUGGCUCCUCGGUAUUAAGGAUGGCAGAACUAAUACUGGAGAGAAAUCCUUUGUUUACAGUAAAAAUGUAAAAGCCUUUGGUCAUAAAGAGGAAGUUAUUCAGCAUCAGACUUUGUGGCAAGCUUUUGAAUAUAAAGAAUGUGGAAAAUCUUGCCUUGGAAAGACUGCCCUUAUUACAUCUAAUAACACCUACCCAAAAGUGAAUUUUUAUCAACUUAAUAAAUUUGGGGAAAACCAGUGUGAUAAAUCAACCCUUAGAGUCUCUCAGAGCAAUCAUCCAGAGGAGAAGAGUCACUAUGUAUUUAAUGGAUAUGAAUGUACUGAAAACAGAAAUAAUUACAGUAGAAUCACUCAAAGAACUGACAAAGAAGGGAAAUCUUUCAGCCCCAAAUCCCACAUUAGAGAACACCGGGAAAUUCAUAUCGGGGUGAAACCCUUUGAAUAUGGAAAGAAUUUCAGCCAUAAUUCAGCCCUCUUGGUGCAUCAGAGAAUUCACACAACAGACACAUCCUCUGAUUAUAACACAUCUACAGAGACAUUGGGUGACCGGUCAACUUUCAGCAUACAUCAGAGAGCUCACAUAACAGUGAAACCCUAUGAGUGUAAUGAGUGUGAAAAAUCUUGCUGUAUGAAUUCACACAUGAUUCAGCCUCAGAAAAGUCACACAGGGGAGAAACAUUAUGAAUGUCAUGAAUGUGGGAAAGCUUUCAGUGAGAAAGCACGCCUAAGAAAACAUCAGAGAACUCACACAGGAGAGAAACCCUAUAAAUGUGAUGGGUGUGAGAAAUCUUUCAGUGCAAAAUCAGGCCUAAGAAUACAUCAGAGAACCCACACAGGGGAGAAACCCUUUGAAUGUAAUGAAUGUGGGAAAUCUUUCAACUAUAAGUCAAUUCUUAUAGUACAUGAGAGAACUCACACAGGGGAGAAACCCUUUGAAUGUAGUGAAUGUGGGAAAUCCUUCAGCCAUAUGUCAGGCCUAAGGAAUCAUCGGAGAACUCACACAGGAGAAAGACCAUAUAAAUGUGAUGAAUGUGGGAAGGCUUUCAAACUGAAGUCAGGCCUAAGAAAACAUCAUAGAACUCACACAGGGGAGAAGCCCUAUAAAUGUAGUCAGUGUGGGAAAGCUUUUGGUCAGAAAUCACAACUCAGAGGACAUCAUAGAAUCCACACAGGGGAGAAACCCUAUAAAUGUAAUCAUUGUGGGGAAGCUUUCAGCCAGAAAUCAAACCUUAGAGUACAUCACAGAACUCACACUGGGGAGAAACCCUAUAAAUGUGAUGAGUGUGGAAAAACUUUCAGGCAGAAAUCAAAUCUCAGAGGACAUCAAAGAACUCACACAGGGGAGAAACCCUAUGAAUGUAAUGAAUGUGGAAAAGCUUUCAGUGAGAAGUCAGUCCUAAGAAAACAUCAGAGAACUCAUACAGGGGAGAAACCCUAUAAUUGUAACCACUGUGGAGAAGCUUUCAGCCAGAAAUCAAAUCUCAGAGUACAUCAGAGAACUCACACAGGGGAGAAACCCUAUAAAUGUGAUAAAUGUGGGAAAACUUUCAGCCAGAAAUCAAGUCUUAGAGAACAUCAGAAAGCCCAUAUAAAUGGAGUGGCAAUUACCCUCAGUGAAACCAUGGAGCUGAAGAUGGAAGAGUACACAAUGGAAGGAAACACAGUCAAAGAGCGACUGCCAUUAGCCUUUAGGCAACCGCCCGUCACCAGACGUCCCGACGCCCGUCCUCUGGGCGCCACGCACCCGUCAUCCAGGCUGCCUGACGCCUGCCUAGUAACUACCCCGGACCGCUCCCGGGCUAAGAACGCAGGCCCGUACAGGAAGGAAUUUCUGUUUCUAACUCUUGAAACCAGGACAGAACUGGGAGCAAAGCACAGUGCUACUCAUUCUGUCACAGCGUAUCCUUCACAGUUCUCUCCACUCUCCCAAGAGCAGCAGAAGAUGAACAAGCCUCAGGCAUCAGUGUCAUUCAAAGAUGUGACUGUGGAGCUCACCCAGGAGGAGUGGCAGCAGAUGUGUCCUAUUCAAAGGAGCCUGUACAGACACGUGAUGCUGGAGAACUACAACAACCUAGUCUCCGUGGGGAACUGCAUUUUCAAACCAGAGGUCAUCUUCAAGUUGGAGCAAGGAGAAGAGCCUUGGUUCUUAGAGGAAGAAUUCUCAAACCAGAACCACCAAGUUUUAGAGCAUUACAGAGAUGAUCACCUGAUCAAGAAGAACAAGAAAAUCAAAGACAGACACUUGCAGCAUGUAACACUGAUCAGUAAUAAGCCUUUGACUAGCAAGGACAAGGACGUUUGGAGGAAACCAUUUCAUGUGCAUAUAGCUCCUGUUUCUUCAACAAAAAUGUCCGGUAAAUAUGACCCAUGGGGAGUGAAUUUGCAAAAUAUUUCUCAAUUUAUCAUUAAUAGAACCCAUUCAACAAAAAAAACAAGUUGCUGUAAUAUCUGUGAAAAUUUGCCUUUCAAAAUUAACUCUGCGAGAACUCAUACUGUAGAGACAUUUUAUGACUAUAAUAAAAAUGGGAAAGCUGUCAGUUAUAAGGAAUAUCUUCCUGAGCAUCAAAAGUGUCAAACUUUGGAGCAAGGUUUUGAAUAUAAUGAAACUGAAGAAUUCUAUGAUGAGGCUGCCUGUGUCACAGAUGAGAGUACUCACACAGGAAAAAUGUCCUAUAAAGAUGGUGGAUUUAGGCAAAACUGUGAUAAGAUGAAUCUCUUUGACCAGAAAAGAACUGGGACAGAAGAGAAACACUCUCAUCCUAAGCAGUGUGGGAAAUCCUUCUGUGAGAAGUCAACUGUCAAGGAAUACAAUAAAUUUAACAUGGCUGUGAAACACUAUGAAUGUAAUGCCAUUGGGAAUAAUUUGCACAGGAAUUCACAUCCCACUCAGCCUCAGAGAAUUGCCACAGAAGAGAAUGCAUUAGUAUGUAAUGACAAAACACAAACUGGGGAUAAAUCCUUUGAAUAUCAUGAAAAUAGAAAAUCCUACCAGACAUCAGUCCAUAAAGUACACCAGAGAACUUGCUCUGAGGUAAAACCCUAUAAAUGUAAUGAAUGUGGGAAAUCCUUCUGUCAAAAAGGACAUCUCAUUCAACAUCAGAGAACCCACACAGGAGAAAAACCAUUUGAAUGUAAUGUGUGUGGGAAAGCUUUCUCCCAGAAGUCUCAUCUCAGUACACAUCAGAGAAUUCACACAGCAGAGAAACCCUAUAAGUGUAAUGAAUGUGGAAAAACAUUUGUCCAGAAAUCAACCCUCAGGGGACAUCAGAGAAUUCACACAGGAGAGAAGCCCUAUGAAUGUAGUGAGUGUGGGAAAACUUUUGUUCAAAAGUCAACCCUCAGAGACCAUCAUAGAAUUCACACAGGGGAGAAAUCAUUUCAGUGUAAUGAAUGUGGGAAAACUUUUGGCCAGAAAUCAAACCUCAGAAUGCAUCAGAGAACUCAUGGUGGUGAGAAAACUUACCAGUGUAAUGAAUGUGAAAAAUCCUUCUGGCGAAAAGACCAUCUCAUUCAACAUCAGAAAACACACACAGGAGAGAAACCUUUUAAAUGUAACGAGUGUGGGAAAACUUUUGCCCGGACAUCAACCCUCAGAGUUCAUCAAAGAAUUCACACUGGGGAGAAACCAUUUAAAUGUAAUGAAUGUGGGAAAAAUUUUGUCCGGAAGGCAAUACUUAGUGAUCAUCAGAGAAUUCAUACAGGGGAGAAACCCUUUCAGUGUAAUAAAUGUGGGAAAACUUUUGGCCAGAAAUCAAACCUCAGAAUACAUCAGAGAACUCACAGUGGGGAGAAAUCUUACAAAUGUAAUGAAUAUGGAAAAUUGUAUAAGAAGUCAACCCUAAAUGUAUGCCAAGGAAUUCCGAGAGGGAGAAGACCCUAUUGAUAUAGUAACUGGAAAAUCCUUCUGGCUAAAAGAUCAACCCAUUUGACAUUAGAAAAUUCACACAGGAGAAAGACCAUAUAAAUAUGAGUGUAGGAUGAAUUUUGUCCAAAAGGUAACCCUGAGAGUAUGUCAGAGAAUUCACACAGGCUUCUGUUUUUUCAAGCAACUGUGGAGAAAGCCCUUUUGAGUAAAGUCAUGCCCUAUUAGAACUCUCACACAUCACACAGGAUAAUCUGUUCAAUAGUAAUUUCAUUUUUCCUCUAGGCACAUAACUAAUCUAAAUUUUCCAGCCUCCCUUUUAUGUAAGUGGGAUUUUGUGAAUGGCUAGUGGAAUGUGGAUCCUUAUGUUGUAUGACAUCCAGUUCUGACAAAAGACUUCCCCAACAAAUUACCAGGCUGCUGUAAGGGUAGAAUGGAGAUAAAUUCCAGCCCAACCUUAGGUACCAUGGUUUAACAUGGCACAGCACAAGAUAAAAGCCAGGGUGCUUGAAAUAUGUGGAACAAAAUUCUCUUCCACAACUUUUCAUUUGAACAUUUUGUGAGCAAGACUUAAACUUGUAUUCUAUUGGGUUCUUAUAUGUUUGGGUAUGUUUCUGCACAUAAUUUAACCAUCCCAACUCUGGAGAGGCAGAAUACUACUUGUGUAAGCUAAGCUUACAUCAGCCAGAGGGUACAAACCUUACUGGAGAGUUGAUAUGUGAAAGAGUCCCUCAAAGAUCAUCAGAGAAUUCAUACAUAAGACAUCCUUUCAAUAUAAUGAAGUAAGUAGAUCAUACCACCUGGUACUAGGCUUUGGAUGAACAAAAGAAGUUGGAAGAUUAUUUUUUAAUUAGAUGAAUGGUGAGCAGCUAUCAUGCAACUAAAGUAAACAUGGCUUGUUUCAUGUCAUGAAGCCGCUAUCCAUCCACACCUCCUGGCACUUUCAUAUAUCUCAGCCUCAGCUGCUUUAAGGGGACAGAAGUUUUCCUGUUUGCAAAGGGGACUCAAGGCCUUUGGCACACUUCCACAUACUCUAGGGAACUUCAAGGGAGGGGAAGAACUCACGUUUUUAUGGUCCUAUAGGAUACAGAUACCCAAGUCAGCAUCUUGCCAGUUCCCAUGGAGGUAGGGGGGACCUAGAUUUAAUGUUGUUAGGGCAGGACUUACAGUAGGGAAGGGAAAUUAAUGUAACCUUAUCAAUAAAUGGGGCCAUUUGUACCAGUGCAA